AUGGCUUCCAUGAAAGCUGUCGUUGUCGAAAACUACGGGGGAAUCGAUAGACUCGAGCAUCGUCGGGUGCCCAAGCCCGCUUCGCCAACGGGGCGAGACAUUUUGGUCCGCGUCCUGGCAUGCUCCGUGAACCCGAUAGACAUGAAAGUGCGUGCAGGGAGGUACGAUGAUUAUCCAGACUAUUACGACCGUGUUCCGCGCCCUUACCAGAUUUGCGGCUUCGACGCAGCAGGGAUCGUUGAAGAAGUGGGUAAAGACUGUACCCUCUUCAAACCUUCGGACGAAGUGUUCUAUUCCGGAAGUCCGGUUCGACAAGGUUCCAAUGCCGAAUGGCAACUCGUAGAUGAAAGGAGCGUGGGCAGGAAGCCGCACAACUUGAGCUUCGUAGAGGCGGCUGCCAUGCCGUUGACUUACGUGACGGCAUAUGAAGCGCUCGUCGAAAGGAUGGAGAUCAGGAAAGGCGAACGUGCGGGUCUACUAAUCAUUAAUGGAGCUGGGGGUGUCGGUUCUGUUGCGAGCCAAAUUGCUCGAACAGUUUUGCAGUUACCUGUAGUCGUCACAACGGCGUCUCGCCCGGAGACCCAGGAAUUUACGAAAGCCAUGGGGGCGACGCAUGUCAUCAAUCAUCGAAAGGAUCUCAAGGAGCAGAUCGACAGUCUGCGCCUCGAAGUACCCAUAAGGUACAUUUUCAUCACUCAUUCCACUGACCAAUACAUGGACGCCUGCGCAAAAAUAUGCGAGCCUUUAGGUAAAGUAUGCUCAAUCGUCCAGGGUCAAGCGAGAAUGUACGGCACGCCAUUUAUGGCGAAGUCUCUGGCCUUCAUUUGGGAGGUUAUUGGCACGAAGCCAUAUUACGGGGUUGAUUUGGAAUCCCAGCACAGAAUCCUUACGGAGCUGGCAGACUUAGUUGAGGAAGGCAGCAUCCGUUGCCACUUGACGCAGAAAUUCAAGCUGUCCCUCGAGGGUUUGCGUGAAGGUCAUGCAGCUAUCGAGAAGGGGGGGAGUAUCGGCAAGAUUGCUUUUGGUGUCGACGAGGCCGGAGAUGCAGAAGCCUUUGCUUGAAAGCGCUGCGAGGCGACAGAUAUAGAUAUCUACGUCAAAUAGUCUGCUCAUAUGCCUACCCCUUUGUAUUCCUUUGUAUUCCUUUGUAUUAGUAUUUCGACCUGAC